AUGUCUGGCCCACUAUCUUCUGCUUCAACACCUUCUCUCUUACUAUGGCUAUUUGAUGGCUAUCUGAGUCUUAAGGUCCAAGCACUUUGGGCAGAUGCUUCAAAAGGCGAAGAGAAGUCUUCUGGAGCACAGGAUGGCCAUGUUGUCCAGCUUAAGAACACUUGCAACUGGAAGUGGGGCAACAGGGGUGGCCAAACUCCCCUCUAUCCUCCUAUGUUUCCGUAUUCUAAGAAGAACCAAAACCCAGCCUCAAUUAAGACAUUGGAGCUCAAGAACUUCUCAACUACUGAACAAGCUAUUACUCUAAACUUUGGUGCUGCAGCAUUACAGAUGGCUUAUCUAACUCAUUGCUCAGUACAGUUUUACAAGAAGGAACAAUGGGAGACACCGGUCAGAGUGGUGCCUAAGAAAGAAAGGAAGUUUCAUGUUGCACUUGGGAUUGAGUUUCCAGACUAUGUUCUUGCCUUCUUAUCAAAUGAUCUCAUCAUUCAGCCUGUCUGGGCUUCUUCCUGUCUGAGCUUAGACAGCCUCCCCCUGAUGUCUAUAAGGACUAUCACCACUUUCUACAGGGUGUUGCUAACUGGAUUUGAGGGAGACACAAUGUUUCAGCAAGAUAUACAAGACUUGCUAUCAAUGCAGUUCAUGAAGAGGGUAAGGAGGUAUUUUGUGGCAUUGGCGUUUAUACAUCCAGUGAGCUCUUCUUUGUGGCUGGUCUGUCACCUUUUCUGUGUGAGUUCGAGGUUUGAUUGCCCUUCACAUACCACGCGUCUAUGUGAGGCAUUUUGGAAUCAUGCUGAAGUGACACACAAGGAAGUCCUAAAACAGCUUCUGGGAUAG